CAUCUGGAUGGAGCCAUGGCCUCUUACGUUCCUGCUGUUGCUGUUGCUGCUGCUGUGGCUACAGGGCUGUGUCUCAGGUCACUCCAAUGAGAACCUGUACAGGAAAGUGUGGCGGCGCGAAGGGGAGACCCUGUCUGUGCAGUGCUCCUACAAGAACCGCCGGAACUUCGUUGAGGCCAAGUCUUGGUGCAAAGUCAAGAAGAAGAAGUGUGACCACAACUUCACCCGGAGCUGGGUGAGGGGCCCCAGCUACUCUCUGCGGGAUGAUGCCAAGGUCAAGGUAGUCCGUAUCACCAUGGAAGCUCUCAGAGUCCAGGACUCCGGACGAUACUGGUGUAUGCGUAACACGGCUGGGCAUUUCUACCCUUUGGUGGGUUUCCAACUGGAAGUGUAUCCAGCCCUCACAACUGAGAGAAGCGUUCCCCACACACAUCUUACCAACACCCCCAUGGAUGGAUUUGUCACGACCAGCCAAGUCCAUAUUUCAGACCCUCACGCUCCUUUCACAUCUGACAUGACUGUGUUCACAUCUGAAGUGACCGUGUUCACAUCUGGACUCCUCACCUUGGCUUCAGGGACCACCGCACCAACCCCUGUGACAGGCUACAGUUUCACCGAUACCACUGGCACCAUUACAGAGCCUGAGAGGAACACAGAGUCCCAGCCGGCAACCCUGUCUCCUAGCAAUGCAAGAUCCUUCUCUGCUGAUCCAGUGACCACCUCCACCAUGUCCGGACACCAGAGUAGCAGCUUGUCCACCAUGGGGACGUGCCACUCGUUAACUCCCAACAGGUCCCAGGAGACUUACAUCCCUGCGAUGGUGGUGGUGUUGACAUUUCUUCCAGCACCUGUGGUGUUGGUCGUAGCCUAUGGGUUUUGGAAGAAGAGACACAUGGGAAGAUACAACUUGGGCAGCAACUAUGCUAAACCCUGGAUACACCUUCCUGAAGGACCAGAGACACCGUGGAAGCCUGCUUGGUCUAAGAUAACUCAGUGAGCUGGGAAAUCAUUUCCAGUGGGCUCAGAAGGCCAGAAGAGAACCAAAGACCAGGCAGUGGCCCUGG